AUGCAAGAGAAGGAGCUCUGGACCAACCUCGUCGUCGCCGUCGUCUGCAUCGCCAUCAUCCUGCUUCCGUCCGUCCUCUUCCGCGUCCCGAAGCACCUUGAUCGCGUCCCAGCCCAGAAGAAGAAGCAGAAGACGUACGCCAAGCUCGACGUGUGGGAAGGCGCUGUCGCGGGCGCGGUCGCGGGUGGCGCGACGCGGGUCCUCGCCGCGCCUCUGGAUCUGCUCAAGAUCCGCUUCCAAGUCCACGCUGCGCCAUCAACGCCACACGAUCUCGGCACGCGCCUGCUCCGCGCCGUGGCCCACAUUUACGGCGAAGAGGGCGUCCGCACCUUCUGGCGCGGCAACGUUGCCGCCACGGGCCUCUGGGUCUCGUACGCUGCGAUUCAAUUCGCGUGCUACCAAGCACUUCAAAACUCGGUCGUACGCCACGACCAUACGCUGUCGUGGGUCUGGUACAGCGGCAGCGGCGCGAUCGCCGGCGUUGUUGCGACCGUGGCCACGUACCCGCUCGACCUCUGUCGAACGGUCCUCGCCAGCCAAGGCGUCCCCAAAGUCUUUCCCAACAUGCGGUCGUUUGCGAGCCACAUGUAUGCGAACCAGGGCCCGCGCGGCUUCUUUCAAGGUCUAAGCCCGACCGUGCUCCAGAUCGCGCCGUACAUGGGCCUCAGCUUUGGCAUCUACUCGACGCUCGCCGACCUCUCGACGACGCAUCCGGUAUUGCAUGCCAUUGGAAACGGUGCCAUUGCAGGGUUUGUAUCCAAGCUCAUUGUGUACCCGCUCGACACGGUCAAGAAGCGCAUGCAGAUGCAGGGCAUUCCACGCCCGGCCGCGUACGGCGCAUCGAUCCCGAGGUACGCCUCGUCUUGGCGUUGCGGCCUCGACAUUGUGCGACGUGAAGGGAUCGCGGGCCUGUACAAGGGCACGGUGCCUAGCUUGAUAAAGUCGGGUGUCACCCACAGCUGCACGUUUACAGUCUACGAAGCCACCGUAUCGGUCCUUCGGCGCCUCGACGCUGCAUAG